CUCAAUGAUGCGUGUUUUGCGUAAAGAAUGGUCAGCUGCUUGGUAGAUUCCGUCAGUGGUUGCUGCGGGCUGUUGGGUUGCCUGCAUUCACAGUUGGAUGGCGGUAGCUCAUAAAUCGUGGCUUAUCCGUUUACUUGCGCUUUUUGUGUUAAGACAGCAUUCGCGCCAUCAGUGAACGACAUCGAGAAGCUAGUUACGGGUGUUCUCAUUGGCAACGUUUUGAAUCCUGGGUCUAGAUCAGUAUUCAAGCCUUGCUUAUUUAAACAAAUUCUUUUUUGCAUGCAGAUAGUGUGGUAUGUAGUACAGCUGCACUGAAUAUAUAUUUGCAACAAUAUCAGCUAGUAUGUGUGCACUUAAUGCUGUUGAAAAUUGAAACAAACAUUUGGCGUGGAACUAUGCAGGGUUAGCAUGCUAGGCAUAUGAAGUGAAUUCAGAUAACACCAAGCUACUAUAUUCAACAUGACUGGAAGCCUGUCAUCAAGAAAAAUCAAGAUGAUUGUGUCACUUUGCUCAGCAGCAAAUUUUAUAAAUGCUGCAGAUCGAGUGCUCAUGCCCAUUGCUAUCAUACCAAUGACUGAUGAAUUUGGGUGGACAUUGCACUGGCAAGGCUGGAUUUUGUCAUCAUUUGCCCUGGGAUACUUGACCAGUCAGAUCAUUGGUGGGAGCCUGGCAACGAGAGUGGGAGGUCGCUCUGUUCUUCUGUUUGCUGUGCUGCUUUGGUCUCUGAGUACAGUGAUAACACCACUGAUAGCUCACUCCAUCUCCGGGCUCAUCAUCUGCCGCAUACUUCUUGGUCUUGGAGAAGGACUAGGCUUACCGACCAUCUUCCAUGUCUACGCGCACCACGUGCCGGCCGAGGAGCGCUCCAGGGCGUUCGGCUACCUGAUCGCGGCCGGGGGCGCAGGCCAGACGGUGGCCGCCGUGCUGUGCCCGCACCUGCCCUGGAGAACGUCGUUUAUUCUACUGGGCCUGCUGGGCCUGGCCUGGCUGCCACUCUGGUGCCUGCUGUACCCCAACAACACCGACUCGGAGAGCGAGGGUUUUAUGUCUCGGUCGGGCUCGGACAAGGUGCGCUGGGUGGAAUUUAUCAGCCACUGGCCGCUCUGGGCCAUCUACAUCGCCCACUUCGCCAUGAACUGGAGCAAUUACAUCAUCAUGCACUGGCUGCCAACGUACCUGUCGCGUACGCUCGGCGCCAACACCGAGUCUAUCAGCCUGACGGCCGUGCCCUACAUCGUCAACUCGGCCGUUGGCGUCGCGGCGGGCCACCUGGCGGACCGGCUCAUCACGCAGAAAAAGUGGACGGUGCUGUCGGUGCGCCGGCUGAUGACCACCAUUGGUCUGGUGGGGCCGGCCGUCUUCCUCGUCCUCUUCUGCGCCGUUAAUAACCUGCCGGCGGCGCUGCUUCUGGUGUCGAUCGUGAUGGGCUUCUGCGCCUUCAACUCGGCCGGCCACCUGAGCAACCACGCCGAGGUGGCGCCCAACCACGCCGGUGUCACGUUCGCCAUCUCUAACACCCUGGCCACGAUCCCCGGCAUCCUGUGCGGCCCAGUGACGGCCGACCUGGUGACAGCCUCGCAAGGACGCUGGUUUCCGGUGUUCGUCUUGGCCGCCGCCGUCAACCUGGUGGGCGCCGUCGUCUACUACAGCCAGAGCUCGGCGCUGCAGCUUCUGGGGUUGCAACGGUACUCGUUCCUGGACCGGGAGCGGGUGUGACGAGAAACUGCCAGCCUCGCCGCUCGCCUCUGCCUCCCCCGCUGUGAUUGCGAGUAUUCGGCUCGGUAGGGUCGCUAUGUAUCCGGCCGCGCGCGUGCCGGCCUGCCGUCGCCGCGUGAUCUGUGGUGCUGGGGAGCAUCUCGCCCCUCCGACCGUUCCCCUCCCCCCGCCUCCCCCCUUCCGUUGCGGGCGAACUGUGAACACCAGAUCUGACGGGCCGCCGCUGGUGGCCACCGGAGCCGUGUGCGGCGGUAGCUGGGCCUUCGACUGCCCGGCCGGCACGGGCGGCCAGCGCGACCUAUUGUGAUCCUACUGAUGGGCGCCAAGUGGCAUUAGGGUAUCCCACUGGCCAGAGGAUGUGGGCGUCCGCACCAGAAGUUCCCAUAAACGCGCGUGUCCGUGCGGGAGUGAAAGCCCGCUGGAAGGGCUCACCUCAGCAGUCUAUGUGCGGGGACGGUUGGCUGCCGGGCUGGGGAAGUGUGGUGGCUCAUCUUCCCGGAGCAGACCCCGAGCAACACUUGUCAUAUUUACGGUCGGGCAGGCAGCACCGGCGAUGUGUCGCUCUCACAUUGUGCUGUGUAGGUAUUCUGACUUGCGUCCAGUGUGGCUGGGCGGGGCUGUACCGUCAAUAUUGCUAGACGUUAGUGGUUGCCAAUAAAGUAAUUGAUAUGU